AUGCAAACAUCUGAUGCAAGAAUGUUAUCUAUUAGAAAAUUUGCUGAAGUUGUCUAUGCAUGUCAAUUUCAUGGUCAUGAAGAUUAUCAACGUACUCACCAAUUAAUACAAGAAAAAUUUCAAAUAAAUGAAGCUUUAAGUGCACGUGAACAAGAUCUAUUCAUUGAUACAUCAGUUGCAAAUGUUGUUCGUAUUGGUUCAAUAUAUAUCAAAACAGGUACUGAAGAACCAGAUUCUUCAUUCACCAAUUUAGUACACACAAAACUAACUAUUCAACAAUUGGAAUUAUUGGCAGCAGCUUGUCAAUCGAAACGAUCAAUUUUAUUAGAAGAUGAUACAUGUUCAAGAAGAUCAUCAUUAGUUAUGGAAUUAGCACAUAUAACACGUAAUCGUCUUAUUGUUAUACCACUAAAUGAAAAUUAUGAACAUCAGAUCUAA